AUUUACUUCGUGACGUAGGGCUGCAGAAAGUACUUAGUAUUCCAUAUCUCGUUGAAGGGUUCAAGUCAGCUGUACCGCUGAGUUCUCAUUCAGCGUGAAUCAGAGUCUUCUCUCAACCAGAAAACAUGUCUUAUGCAUACUUGUUUAAGUACAUUAUCAUAGGAGAUACUGGUGUUGGCAAAUCAUGCCUUCUCCUUCAAUUCACCGACAAACGUUUCCAGCCUGUCCAUGACUUAACAAUUGGGGUUGAAUUUGGUGCUCGUAUGAUUACCAUUGAUGGAAAGCAGAUAAAGCUGCAAAUUUGGGACACGGCUGGACAGGAAGCUUUCCGCUCAAUCACUCGAUCCUAUUAUCGUGGAGCAGCUGGUGCUCUCUUGGUUUAUGACAUCACCAGAAGGGAAACCUUUAACCAUCUGACCACAUGGCUAGAGGAUGCCCGUCAGCACUCCAACUCGAACAUGGUUAUCAUGCUCAUUGGAAACAAAAGUGAUCUGGAAUCACGCCGUGAGGUGAAGAAGGAAGAGGGUGAAGCCUUUGCUCAUGAACAUGGUUUAAUUUUCAUGGAAACUUCUGCCAAGACUGCUGCAAAUGUUGAAGAGGCAUUCAUUAACACAGCCAAAGAGAUUUAUGAAAAGAUCCAGGAAGGCGUCUUUGACAUCAAUAAUGAGGCUAAUGGCAUCAAGGUUGGGCCUCAGCACUCUCCCACCAACCCCAGCCUCUCUCCCAAUGGACAGGACCGAGGACAGGGCGGUGGAUGCUGCUAAAUAUGGAAUUUAUCAAGCACAAGUGAAAUGGUAAAACCCAUGGCAGCAUGACCAAGGCCAGCACAAACUCUUCAUACCAGUGAUCCAUUCUGUCUAAACUUCUCUAUUUUUGUUAAUUGUUGGUCAAUGCUGAUAAAAACAUGGUGAGUUAGCAUAUUAACUUCUGCGAGCUCAUUAGAUAUGUUUAUCUUUAUAACUUAAUCAACCUCUUAUGAAUCAACUGGCCUCACUUGAGAAUGGAACAAAUCAGAAGAUAAAGACUCAACAUAUGGGUGUGGAACUUCAAGUAUUUGGUGGUGUGCUGUGCUGAAACUUGUUAUUUCCUCAUUUGUGAUUUUUAGUGGAUGCUUGCUUAUCAUGCAGUUGAAGUGUAAUGUUACAAAGUAAGGGGUCAAUUUAUGUUUAGGCCCCCUUUUUUUCUUAAUUUUUUUUAUUUCUAUUUUAAUCUUGUUACAUUUUUGCCAUUUAAGACUUAAUCAGUAAUUGGUUCCCUGGCGGUGUUUGAAGUAUGCUGAAGGAAGCAAGGUUGAAACUGUUUCAUUUCCCCCUCCCCCUGCUAGCAUUGGAUUUUAAAAACCCUUUCAUUCCUUUAAAAAAAAAGAAAUGGUUGCAACCUUGUGAAAUAUUGUGAUGAUUUCUUUCUAUUGUUUUUUUCUCUAUUCAGUGACUGAAAAUGUGUUGUUUACCUACUGCUUCUAGUAGAUAGCCUCUGAGUAGUACUACAAGAAACUUGUGGUGAAUUGUCUUUCUUAUGCAAGGUUCCCAUCUCAAAUCUUUUAGUUUUGUGUUCAAAAAUUUAGUGCUUGUGUGGAGAUGUGCAACAUGAUGAAUGAGAGUAAACUAUGCCCAUUGAAGGCUGCGUGGGUGUUACCAAAGUUGAUCUGUAUCAUUUUAUUGUCAUAAUUAGUUCGCUUCGAUGUAAGGUUGGUGUGACAUUUCCUAGUCUUAUAAUGCUUCUCCAUCGUUCAUGUAAAAUUGAUUUUGAGAGAAUUACUUUUGGUCAGGUCUGCUUCUUUGGUCUUGUUUCUGUCUAUACUCAAUUUUAGAUGAUUACACAACUUUUGCCACUCUUCCCACUGUUAUUGACCAGUGACAUGUUUGAGCAAAUUUCAGUACAUUCCUUUCAGUGUUUCAUGGAGAAUAUCAUUUGUAGCUUGAGUUAAUGCAUUUGACUUUAAAAAUAACCUACAUCAAUUAUGGAGCACGGAAUUCAUGAAAUAGAAGAAAUGAGUGUUGUAAAAUUUAAUAUUGCAGAUUAUAAUUCAAUUUUUGAGGAGGUGGAGAAUGUCAUUGAAUGUGUUACUUAUAAAAAUAAAAAUAUAUAAACCUAAAAAUGAA